AUGGUGUAUGCGGAGGGGGAUGAGUCUUUCCCCAUGUUCUCUAUUGAUCCACGCACAUAUGUGGAGAUUUGUAAACUUUUGGAGGAUUGCCUCGUGGUGAAGCUAUUAGGUAAACAUAUUGGUUAUGGAGCUCUUUGUGAGAAGCUGAGAGUGAAGGGGAAAUUGUCUGGAGGAUAUGAGGUGCAUGAUGUGCACCAUGGCUACUUUCUUGUAAAUUUUGACAAGAAGGAGGAUAAGGGGCGGGUAACAUCAGAGGCACCUUGGCUUAUCUAUGAUCAUUACCUCGCAGUUAAGCCUUGGACGCCAGACUUUGUUGCGGCGAACUCGACGAUCAACACUAUUGUUGUUUGGAUUCGCAUUCCAGGUCUUGGCUUCCAAUUCUAUGGCAAGAAUAUUCUCAUGACGUUGGCGUCAGCGGUGGGAACACCCAUCAAAGUGGAUUUGAACACAACAUAUAUGCAUAGAGGCAAGUUUGCACGUAUAUGUGUAGAGAUUGAUCUUAACAAACCGGUGCUUGGAGUUGUGGGGUUAGAAGGCACUUGGUACAAUGUGGAGUACGAGGGUCUCCAUUCGCUAUUUCUGAAAUGUAGGUAUUAUGGACACCUCUCACGUAAUUGCACCACGCAACCCAUUCACGCAGGUUCAAAUAGAGAAACGCAGGGAGCGAGCGAAACGACGGUGGCGGCUGGCGAGAAGGCAACGAGCACAACGAACGUUACAACCCCAAUACCGACGCCAGAGGAAAUUGUAACGACACAAGGGCCACCAGCGCAAGUCACGAUUCCCUCAGUGAUUACGAAGUCAGGAUCGAUAGCCAUUAAAACCUGA